GGUUACUGCUGAUGACCCAAUUCGCUUACUUACUGAACGCGACCGGUCGACUGGCGGGCAAGUACGCACUUGGGAAGAUCAGUUAGUCAACCAUGGCAAAGAGUAUAUUAUCCCAGCUGUUUGCUGUGGUUUUCACGGUGAGCUAUGCCCUUUUUGGAGGCACCAUGGUCUGCUUGCAUCUCAUGAUUGCGGCCAUCAAGAAGGGACCAAAGCGGGUCUUCAGCUGGAAGACACGGGACACCAGACCCAAAUGCUUGGACAAUCCGGAUCUCGGGACCCACGGUUUCAUACGCACCAAGGACGUUAGGCUGCACUACGUAUCAGCUGGUGACGAGACUAAACCCCUGAUGCUGAUGUUGCACGGCUUCCCCGAGUGUUGGUACUCGUGGCGCUAUCAGAUCAUGGAAUUCAAGAAAGACUACAGGGUUGUUGCCAUUGAUCAGCGUGCGUAUGGAGACUCGGACACUCCGAGCGGUGUCGCCAACUACACCAUGGACAAACUUACAGAGGAUGUAAAGGAAGUUGUGAAAGGCCUGGGCUACAAUUCAUGCACCCUGGUGGCCCAUGACUGGGGUGGAGCUAUUGCCUGGUACGUGGCUGCAACCUAUCCCGAUAUCGUGGACAAGCUCAUCGUCAUGAACAUACCCCACCCCCGUUGCUUUAACGACAACCUCAACUGGAGACAGAUCCUGGCUUCUUGGUACAUUUUCUUCUUCCAGCUGCCGUUCCUCCCCGAACUCAAUUGCCGGUCGAAUGACUAUGGGUUCAUCUCGGGAGCCUUCCUGUCGGACGGUAUGGGUCUCCGACACAAAGAGAACAUGAGCAAGGAAGACAUCGAGGCAUUCAAGUACUGCACCUCUCAGAAAGGUAACCUGACCGGGAUGAUCAACUACUACCGUGCCGCCGUCCGCUACCCCCCACGCAUCAAGUCCACUAUGACCACCCCGACCCUCAUCGUCUGGGGUGACCAGGACAAAGCGCUGACCAUAAAACUCCUGGACGGGACGGACAAAUACGUCCAGAACCUGACCAUCAAGAUCGUACCGGGGGCCAGUCACUGGGUGCAGCAGGACGCGCCAGACGUGGUCAACAAGCACAUGAGGGACUUCCUCAGCGGACAGUGAAAAAAAGGCUUGAGACGUACUGGUAAGAAGGAGUGAUGUACUAACAGGGACGGGCUUAGUUACAUGUACGUACAGGGUGAGUUAAAAAAAAAGCGGAACCGAAACCCCCCAAAACAUAUUUCAUAUUAUAAAAAAGAUGUAGCACCAAAAAUGAUAAUGACUGGAAAGCUAAUAUCAUAAACUACUUUUAGAUGAAAAAAUAACACAAAUUAAUCAAUCCGUUCAUAAAGUAUAUCACCAGUUAAACGCAAUGACCCUAAAACCUCUUUCGUCAAAAAAUGCGAUUUUCAAGAAUCGUCGUCACAAGUAUCUUCAAACAUCACCAGCGAUAAACCCUCAGGUGAAAAGUUAAAA